AUGUCGACCACGGCCGCUCCCCCUUCAUACUCAUCUGGCGCAGCUCCCCCAUCUUACGAGAGCCUCUUGAAAAGACUCAAUGAUGAAGUAGGACCAAAUCCUACUCCUGAGAAAUAUCUCUCUGUCUCUGAAUCAUUCACCCCUGAGGAGAUCAAGAUCAUUGCUGAGAAUAGCCCUGAGGAACCACCGCCUAUCGACACUCCAGAGCAGAAGAAACAAUUCAGAGUUGCAGCUAGCAAAGGAGUCUCUGCCAAGGUUACCGAAGAUGCUUUGAAAACAGCGGCGGAAGAGGCUACCGAAGCUGCUCAAGUACUGCGUGACUUAUUUCGGAGCGCGCAUAAUAAGAUCCUUGAGAUUGACCAGAUCGUGGUGUCUGGGUUCGAACCUGACAUGAGGCGAUUCAAAGAUGAAUACGAGAAAAUCUUAGACGGUAGCCGUGCCGUUGCCAACAAUAUCAGCACGUUUGGCUUGCAAUUUGACACCAUGAUGAUUCCGCUAGCACUCGACGACAAGGUUCUGCUCGAAGCAAAACUUCGUGUCAUUGGCCUGUUCGUAUCUCAAGCGCAAUCCCACGGCAAUGCUGCAAAAGAGGUACAACGUGACCUACGAACGUUGCAAACUGCCUUCAUUUCCUUCGUACCCCGAUUCGACACAUGUGCUCAAGCUCGUGAAGGCAAUUUGGAGCAACAGAUUACACUUCUUCGUCGCUUGAUAGGCGAUCUUCAAGUAGACAUCGCCAAAAUAGAGAAGAAGAUCCUGAUUACACAAGCCGCCAUGGGUAUCUCGGGUGGUCUUAUGGUGGCAGCUUUGGCCGGUGGCCCAGUGGGAUUCAUCGUAGCAGCAUUCGGGUUCCUAGGCGUUGCGGCAUCGGCAGCAGUGCUGGUUGGUCUCUACAAACAUCGUUCUAAUCUUCAACGUGAAAUCAAUGAAAAUGAACGGAGAAUUGAGGUCAUUGCACGCGAAAUAGCCCUGAUACAGAAGACAAGAAGCGAGCUGAUGGCGCUUCGAGAUGAGCAUAUAACCAUUGUCAAUGAUAACAUAGCCAUGCUGGACAAAUUCUGGCAGUUUGUGGUUGCCGAUGCAGAGUAUUUGCUGGCAUAUUUGGAAGGCGCUGGGGAUAUUGAAAUCCCUGAAUACGUCGAUGAUUAUCUCCACGAAGGUGUUAGAGUCUAUACGGCAAUGGCAAACCACAUCAAAGACUACGGCCGAGGCAUUGCUGGCGUCUUGGGAGAACCUGUUUCCGACACUGCCACUGACUAG